UUAUUUUCGAACUUUCUUCUCUAUAUGUUCUAUGCUUCACUAAUCCACAAUAAAAAAAAAACAAAAAAACAAAAUAAACUCACUUCUUUCCUGAGAAUAUAACGGUCGAGGCGAUUAUUAUCCUUAGUUUGAAAUGCGACAUCGGUCUGUGUAUCACGUAUUACGAGUGCCCAGCCCUGUAUCUCUGUGCUUAUCCAGUGCUUAUCAUUCUUAUCAGUUGCAGUUGUAGAGAAUAAUAAUACGCAAUUGUUUUUCAAACGGACAACGCAGAUUAACAGAGACACUCUUGGACGUGUAAGAUAAUCACGUGUUCCGUCUGUGGUGAUUUUCAUUCAAAUUUUUCCCUCGAAAUCAUGAGUAACCCGGCUAAUUGUCCGAUAGUCUUUCAAAUGAGCGACACGGUCCAAGUCUGGUUAAAAGCCUUGGAGGUGUACAUCAAUGAGCCAGCUGUAAAGAAAAGUGAGCGACAAAUAGGGUACUUGGCAAGUACAUUAACAGGGGACAAUAAAGUGGCUUGGUUAUUAAAGGCAAUAAGUUUCAUCGAUUUAACUACUUUGAAUAGCGAUGAUACAAGCAACACUGUGGAACAAUUGUGUAAAAAUGCUGCAAAUCCUGUAAGAAACCUGCCAUUUCAAUGGACUAAACCACUUCACACAGCUGCUGUUUGUGUUUAUCCAACCAAAGUUCAAACUGCAGUAACUACUUUAAAGAAACUAAACAAGACAAAUGAAAUCAAAGUCGCCAGUGUGGCAGCAGGAUUUCCUUCUGGACAAUAUCCAUUGGAGACUCGACUGGAGGAAGUACGUUGUGCCAUAAAAUAUGGAGCUCAGGAAAUAGAUGUUGUGAUCGAUCGUUCGUUAGUUUUAAAUCAUGAUUGGGUAAAACUGUAUGAGGAGUUGGCAGCUAUUCGUAAAGUUUGCAAUGAGAAUCAGAACACAUCAGUAUGUUUGAAAGUUAUCAUAUCAUCAGGGGAAUUAUUCAAUUUAAAAGAUAUAUAUAGAGCAUCCAUGGUAGCUCUGUUUGCUGGUGCUAAUUUCAUCAAGACAUCCACAGGAAAGGAUACAGCUAAUGCGACGCUGUCAAUGGGCAUUGUUAUGUGUAGAGCAAUAAAAGAAUAUGAAAGACUGACCACAAAAAAGAUGGGCUUUAAACCUGCCGGAGGUAUUAAGACUGCAGAAGAUGCUUUGCAAUGGAUGGUCUUGGUUAAGGAAGAAUUGGGAAAUGAGUGGUUAACGAACGAACGUUUUAGAAUUGGUGCAUCUAGUUUAUUGCAGAAUAUUGGCAAUGAAAUUAAUAAAAUAUUUCUAGAAGAAAAGCCAAUUCUAGAACCCAGAGAUCCUGCCAGUGAAGAAAAGAUACCUGAAAGUUCAAAAGAAGAAAAGAAAGACAAAAGGAAAAUUCUACAGUAGAGACUCCAGAUGGAAAAAAACUUCAGAAAUUAGAUCUGAUGAAAACAGUGAUAAAAUAUUUUUUAUAUCGUUUCUAUAUAUUCAUAAUUUUAAAAGUUUGUUUAUUUUUAUAAAUGGAAAUAAAUUUUAUUGCAUAAU